UUUUUUUUUUUUAAUUUCAGGAAAGAAGAUAAAAAUGUGAUUGAAUUCCCAUUAGCUGACAUUUCCAGUUAGUUAAUUACAGCUUUUGUGAUGAGAGAAAAAGGCAUCAUCAUCAUCCCUGAUGUGAAUGACAUGCCAGCAACCGUGAAGAUGCCAGAAACCACAGCAAGUUAUUCAUAUUUAUUCAAUUAUCACAACCAUCCUUUGAAUUUGGUUUCGAAGACGGGGGCAAAGCAAUCAUGUUUGAGGAAGAGGAAGACGAAGACGAAGAUAAUGAGCUGAAGAUAUGUGAUGUUUGUGUAACACCUAUAUCUUCUCACCCGUAUUACGAAUGCGCAGCUUGCAAAUAUUUUGUCCACUUGAUUUGCUCAUUAUUGCCCAAAACAUUAUCGUCAUCGUCUUCUUCCACCUCUCCAUAUGGUAAGUGCCAACAAACAGAUGAUAAAAAUCAUAAAUUCACGCUCUACACGAGCAUCAAAGAAAAUGAUGAGAAUUCGGACUUGUAUUAUUGUCGGCUUUGUGAUAAGCCCACAAAUGGAAUGGUAUAUAGGUGUGAAGAGUGUGAAAUGAUUAUAGAUGUCAAGUGCGCAUCUCUACCAACUACUAUCAAACAUGCAUCUCAUUCUCACCCAAACCUCAUCAUCGCUAGAAUAGGUGACAAGCGGCCGAGGUUAUGUCGUUGUUGUGGAUAUUACCUUAAAGAUAUUGACGGAUACCGCUGCAUCAAAGAUGGUUGUGAUUUUACAUUGCACUUGGAAUGUGCUUUGCUACCGCCGACUGUAAGAAAGCACGAGUGGGAUCACUACCCAUUGUUGUUGACAUUUGAUGCCUCUGACCAUCCAUCUGAUUUUAUCUGCGACUUUUGCGAAGUGGAAAUGCAUCCCAAGAGAUGGAUGUAUCAUUGUCGCCAAUGCGAUCAUUCUUACCACACUCAUUGUCUUAAGACUGCAUUUGGUUAUUAUAGAAAUAUCAAAUUUGGGCAUCGAUUUGACUUGGAUCUUAUACACCCUCACCCUCUCACUUUCAAUUACAUCACCCUCAAGAAAUGGUGUGACAUUUGUCGUUAUGAUGUUUAUACCUAUCGCGCAUUUGCAUGUGCAUCAUGUUACUUUGUCGUGUGCCGAACUUGUGGAGAUAAAGUAUUAGAAUGGACUACCAUGGUGGGGUUGUUAGAGCAGAGCUGACUCUCCAGAGUGUAAGGUUUACUCUGGUGGAGUUAACAGAGCAGAGAUAACUCCAGAGCAGAGUGUGAAGUUUGCUCUGGUGGAGUCUUCAGAGUCAGAGCUAACUCCGGAAGCCAGAGUAAGAGUUAACUUUCCAGAGUCAGAGUCAAGGUCCAGAGCUGUAUGGUCUGGGCAGAGUCAGAGUAGCCAAGGCAUAUCAGAGUUAGAGUUGUCAAGGCAGAGUCAACACUCCAGCGUCAGAGUCAAAAUUCCUUUGCAGAGCUAGAAGUCAUAUCUGUUUUGCAUAACGGUUUUUUGAAGUCUGUUUUGUUCGUUAUUUUUGAAGCUUGCUAUAUAAUGAGCAAUUGAGUGUCUGAUACUCCAACACUUGUAUCAUUUGUAAAUUCUCAGUUUGUGAAUCAAUAACAAAGAGCUCCGUUUCUUGGUCC